AUGUCACGGGUGAUUGACACUCGUUUAUGGAUAGACUCCUACGUCCCUCUCGGACAAUAUGCCGCCUUGGGCGUCGUCGACUGCUACGUCAGUGGCAACGAGCCGGACUCACCAGGCACUCAAGGACUACUGUUGCUAUUGCCUGAUGGAUUCGGCCUGGCCAAGCACAAUCUCAUCCUGGCAGAUAACUUUGCCAAAGAAGGAUGGCGUGUGGUGAUUCCAGACUAUUUCGAAGGUGACCCGUUGCCGAUUCAGUUUCUCAAGCAAGAUCGCUCCUUGUCAAUCGAGGAGCAGCCGUGGCCUGAAGAAGAAAAGCAGAUCCUACGCGACCUGGACUUUCCAGCCUGGCUGCAACGACAUGACCAUGCAAGGGUCUCUGCUCUUCUCGGCAAGUUGACCAGCCAUCUCAGAGACCAGUAUCCCGACUCCGCAGUUGUCGGGGUAGGGUACUGCUUUGGGGGUAAACACGUGUUGAGACUGAGCAAGAAUGUAUUGCACGCGGCCGCUUCCUUCCACCCUAGCUUCGUGGAAGCAGAGGACCUGGACGGCAUUCAGGCGCCGCUCUACAUCGGCCUGGCGGAGGAAGACGACAUGGUCCCUGCCUCACUGCCUAACGACCUCCACGAGUGGGCAAGCAGCAGGAUCGGGCCCAGAGUGCCGUUCAAGAUUGAAAGCUAUCCGCGGAUGGGCCAUGGAUUCGCCGCUCGACCGGAUACCGAGGACAAGGAUGUUCGGGAGCAGUAUCAAAAGGCGUUUGUUCGAACACUCGAGCAUUUUAGGGAGUUUGUCUCAGACAAAAUGGUAGACUAG